AGCUAAGUAACUUGUUUAUUGUCAGACAUCUAGUGAGUCGCAGAGCCAGGGAACUGACCGCGGGCAUUUUCACCCCAUUACCCUUCCAGCUUAUUGCAGACUGCUCCCGAAGGGAGCGAAAAGGACAGGCAAAGAGUUUCACCAAAUCCUUUGUAAUGGGAGAUUCUUGCCUUCUUAUCUUUCCUCACGUUUGCUUCUCUGCCAGAAUGUCCUCCCGCACUUUCCCCAGAACCCAAGUUCUCCUAAUCAUCUUUCAAGAUCCCUUUUCCUCAACCACCGAUGAGCCGUGCCUAUUUCUCCUUCAAAUGACUCCCUACGGUUUCUAGUUGGUAGUCUCUUAUUUACCACCUCAUAGUCCUUUUAUUUAUAUCCCACAAAUGAUCGUCCGGCCCCGCACCGUGGGACCUGGACGCUGCCUUGACCAUGGCGGUCUCCUGGAAACAGGCUGCUUUGAGCCGAAACUGGUGACCGUUUCCCAACCCCGUCCAGGAGUCCGACGCCUCUUUUCUCCAGGCCAACUUCAAGUGAGGUGUAUCAACUCUAUCCGUACAAAUUUCUUGCCACGAGAGCAAAAGAUUAUGGUCUCUGAUGCUGCCUCAGGGCUGAAGACGCUCCCAACCCGGCGACGCUUAGCAAUCAUCGACUUCCUCCUCCUCUUGGCUGCCUCGGAGAUCCUCUUCCGGGGCAGAGGUCGCCCCGCCCCGCCCCUCGUCUCCUCCAAGAUGGCGAGCGGCGGCAGCGGGGGGGUGUCAGUACCUGCGCUGUGGAGUGAAGUGAACCGGUAUGGCCAGAACGGCGACUUCACGCGCGCUCUCAAGACCGUCAAUAAGAUACUACAGAUCAACAAAGAUGACGUAACUGCCCUGCAUUGUAAAGUGGUAUGCCUUAUCCAGAAUGCAAGUUUCAAGGAAGCUUUGAAUGUCAUCAAUACUCACACCAAAGUGUUAGCCAAUAACUCUCUCUCCUUUGAAAAGGCAUAUUGCGAGUACAGGCUGAACAGAAUUGAGAAUGCCUUGAAGACAAUAGAAAGUGCCAACCAGCAGACAGACAAACUGAAGGAGCUUUAUGGACAAGUGUUAUACCGUUUGGAACGCUAUGAUGAAUGCUUAGCAGUUUAUAGAGAUCUCGUGCGAAACUCCCAAGAUGAUUAUGAUGAGGAGAGGAAAACAAAUCUUUCAGCAGUUGUUGCAGCUCAAAGCAAUUGGGAAAAAGUGGUUCCAGAGAACUUGGGCCUCCAAGAAGGCACACAUGAGCUGUGCUACAACACUGCAUGUGCACUGAUAGGCCAAGGCCAGCUGAACCAGGCCAUGAAAAUCCUACAAAAAGCUGAAGAUCUUUGCCGCCGUUCAUUAUCAGAAGACACUGAUGGGACUGAGGAAGACCCACAGGCAGAAUUGGCCAUCAUUCAUGGUCAGAUGGCUUAUAUUCUGCAGCUUCAGGGUCGAACAGAGGAGGCUUUGCAACUUUACAAUCAAAUAAUAAAACUAAAACCAACAGAUGUGGGAUUACUAGCUGUAAUUGCAAAUAACAUCAUUACCAUUAACAAGGACCAAAAUGUCUUUGACUCCAAGAAGAAAGUGAAAUUAACCAAUGCGGAAGGAGUAGAGUUUAAACUUUCCAAGAAACAACUACAAGCUAUAGAAUUUAACAAAGCUUUACUUGCUAUGUACACAAACCAGGCCGAACAAUGCCGCAAAAUAUCUGCCAGUUUACAGUCCCAAAGUCCCGAGCAUCUCUUACCUGUGUUAAUCCAAGCUGCCCAGCUCUGCCGUGAAAAGCAGCACACAAAAGCAAUAGAGCUGCUUCAGGAAUUUUCAGAUCAGCAUCCAGAAAAUGCAGCUGAAAUUAAGCUGACCAUGGCACAGUUGAAAAUUUCUCAAGGUAAUAUUUCUAAAGCAUGUCUAAUAUUGAGAAGCAUAGAAGAGUUAAAGCAUAAACCAGGCAUGGUGUCUGCAUUAGUUACCAUGUAUAGCCAUGAAGAAGAUAUUGAUAGUGCCAUUGAGGUCUUCACGCAAGCUAUCCAGUGGUAUCAAAACCAUCAGCCAAAAUCUCCUGCUCAUUUGUCCUUGAUAAGAGAAGCUGCAAACUUCAAACUCAAAUAUGGGCGGAAGAAGGAGGCAGUUAGUGACCUACAACAGCUUUGGAAACAAAAUCCAAAAGAUAUUCACACCCUGGCACAGCUUAUUUCUGCUUACUCACUUGUAGAUCCAGAGAAAGCCAAAGCUCUUAGUAAACAUUUGCCAUCGUCAGAUAGUAUGUCUCUAAAAGUAGAUGUUGAGGCUCUUGAAAAUUCUCCUGGUGCUACGUACAUUCGGAAGAAGGGUGGAAAAGUUACUGGAGAUAGUCAACCAAAGGAACAAGGACAGGGAGAUUUGAAAAAGAAGAAAAAGAAAAAGAAGGGAAAAUUGCCUAAGAAUUAUGACCCAAAAGUUACCCCAGAUCCAGAAAGAUGGCUGCCAAUGCGAGAACGUUCUUACUACCGGGGAAGAAAGAAGGGUAAAAAGAAGGAUCAGAUUGGAAAAGGGACCCAGGGAGCAACUGCAGGAGCUUCAUCUGAACUGGAUGCCAGUAAAACUGUGAGCAGCCCACCCACCUCCCCAAGACCUGGCAGUGCUGCAACAGUAUCUGCCUCUACGAGUAACAUCAUACCCCCAAGACACCAGAAACCUGCAGGGGCUCCAGCAGCAAAAAAGAAACAGCAACAGAAAAAGAAGAAAGGUGGAAAAGGUGGCUGGUGAUGAGAAUAUUCUUGUUGCAGGCUGUUUUUAAACUAGUGUCAGUGACACAAGGAAUAUAAUAAAGGUAACACAGCAAGAAGCACAGAACUGCUCCCUCUGCAUCUCCAUAUUUUCAUAAUUUCUUGUGUUUCAAAUAGGGAAACAUCUUCCUCAAAGUCUGCCUAGUGAGAUAUGGCCUACUGGUUGCCUCAUAGCUUUGUACAGAUUAUGAGGACUGAAAAUAAUUGGGAAUUUACCCAUCUUGGUAUCUGUUGUAUCCUUUAUCUGUGUGUGCUGAUUCGAUCUUUUUUCAGUUUCACAUACCUUAUCUAAGGUUUCCCAGGAUUUAAACAGAAACUACUUCUAUGAUUUCAGCUGGAGUCUGAAGAUACUUGUUUCUGUUCAAGUCCCACUUUAAAUUAUGUCUUAGUAGGCCUUAAGAGACUGAAAGUGGAAUCUUCUGAGCAUUCCUAAAUAUCUGCUUAGAAAUAUGUGAUAAAGAGGGACCUUCUUAAUACACUGAUGUUCUUCACUAAAUGGAUGGCCACAAGAAAAAUAAAGAAAAUGUCUUAAAUAAUUAAACCAUAAAUUUUCUGUCAUGUGAUACUGGAAUAUGGGAUACUUUUCAUGUUUAUAUAUAUAUAUAUAUGAACACGAAACAUACAUAUAUAUAUAUAUGGCUCCUUUGUGCCCCAUGUCAUUUUCAGAUUUUGGUAACGUGCUGAUACAGCACCAUGAAAGAACUCAAGGAAAAUAUAUCAACGUAAGAAGUUCACUCUUAGACCUAGUGUUCUGAGGUUAGAUGGGUUUGGACUGUCUCAAUCAGAAAGAUUAAUGACUGUUAUCAAGAACAUGAACACUGGCUUCCUACAUAGAGAGGAAAUCAGUAUCUGAGUUGCAUACCAGGCAGUAUUAAAAUCUAACAGGUCUGUUUGGCCCAUUGAUAGAUACUCAAACGGUGUCUCCUCCUGGUUAUGGAUUUUGACCAUUGAUUACCUUUCUCAAUGUAAUGAAGUAUUUUACAGUCAAUUUGUGGUGUAAAUGUUGCUCUUGUCUUUCCUUGCUUACAAACUACUUUCACAUUGAACAGCUGUGAGACAGAUACAUUGAGAUGCCUGCCCUUGUUAGUAUUCAUUUUAUGCUGCCCAAGGUAUCAUUUAAUUUAGACUUACAAGUAUUUCCUUGUGAUUAUAUUACUCUGUCCUUGUUAAUAAAGUGCUGCUGUGUUUGACUCUGAACGUACUACCAAAACUUCUUCAAAGAGUUUUUUAUAAAAGACUUUCCUCCUUUACAAGAAAGAAGUGGGGUGCUGCCUUUCCGUUUAGUAAAAGCAGAAUCUGCAGUGGCAUCUAAAAAGAUCCUUUUUAAAUACAAAUGAUGUACUGUGGCAUAAUCAUUUUUUGAGCUCUACAGAGAACAGUGUUUUGGUAAUAGUGGCAGAUAUUUAUUCCUUCUGAAUAUAUACCCCAUUAUAGGAAUAACUGUUACUUAUUCAGGAUUCCAUCAUUGAAAAUUUUGACCCAAGGCACAGCAGUGAAAUUUACAGUUCUCAAUUUAGUUGUCAUUUUUAGUAGACAACUAAAAAUGUCUUGACAGGCAUUGGUAUUAUUGUAUUGACAGGCAUUGGUAUUAUUAGUCAUCGCUAAGCAACUGAAACUUCAGUUCCAACAAGUUUUAAUUGUCAAAUGAAGUAUAAACACGUGAACUUUCUAGAAAUAUUUCCUCUUUUGGAUAGGUCUUUAACCAGUUCAUAUAUAUACUUUGUCAAAUAUAUGGAUGUGUAUGUGUACAUUUAUAAGAACCAGUAUGGAUACAUCCAUUCACUGUGGUACAUUUUAAAAUAAAAUAUUUUAGCAGCGAA